AUGGCUUCCGAUAUGUCACCAACAGAUCCAGGCCACCUCAACCAUCUAGACACCAAAUAUGAACCAAUCACUAAGACUUCAGCAAGCACAACUUCAACCUCGAUUAAUGGUCCAGACCCAGUCCUGGAUACCCUCAUUGACGAAUCCGUUGUGGACGCCAAAAGCGAUUGUCAAGUUGGUGAGAAAGAUACGCUUUCGGAACUCUUUGAAGAGCUCGAACAACUUGUUGGCUCGCCCCCGCCUCUGAUCAAUGUGGCCCAUGGACAGCCAGCGCCAGAACCUUUUGAUUCUUACAAUCCGUCCCUUAUCACCCCUGGAGCUCCAUGUCUCCCCAGUGCAAGACACAAAAUCGCGAAAUUACCCUAUCAUUUGUCAACGGAUCAUCAUUCGGCCAGCCUCUUCCUCUCAAACUCUUCGACUUCACCUGAAUCCCUUACGGAAGGGAGCCCAAUGGUCCCUCGGAAGCGACCUUACCCGGCACGUCAUCACGAGGAAACCCCGCGUAAGCGUUUCCGUCAACCACCGCAGGACGACAGUUCUCAAAUACAACGUAUUUCUCCUCAAAAACGUCGUCACAUAUUCAAUGACCCUGAGGUUUCGGACUGUAAGCGUCCUCGUACAUGGUCCAAAGACCAUAGCGCAACUUCAGAGAAUGACUCUUCAUCACAGCCUCAAGCGAAUACGACCAAUCACACGCGUGGAAUAGAGCUUGAUGGACCAGUCCAACAAGUAAACCAUGAACCUCAGGCGAAUACUCAAACACAGCAUACCCUUAUAACGCAGCUUGCCUACCAAACAUCUCAAAACCAUGAUACAACCAACCAUCUCCCCUCGUCAGGAUCUCCAGAGACAAGCAAGAUCAAUGUCUCUUCGCAUCUGAAUCCAAAAUAUGUCGAACAUUCCUCUGACGCUGCUCAUUAUCAUUCUGACGAACCGAAUCCAUCAUCCACACGAUUCAAAUCCGGAUCAUCGCCACCGGGUCAUCUACUUGACUUACCUCCCGAAUCUGGUCAGCGAACUGUCAUUGAAGCUCAUUCUCAAGAAUCGAUGACACGGCCAGCGCCUUACCCCCAAAAGCCUCCUGCAGCUUCAACUUCGUACCAGUUUCUGACACCGUCACCACCAAGAUCUCAAGCCCAUCAGCAACCUAAAAUUGGACGGGAAAAAAUGGAAUAUGAUCAUACCUACUUAACCGAAUGA